CGGAAUAGUGCCUCAUAGACUCCCAAUAGUGGACAUUGUUAAAGACAUGGAGAGUUGCAUAUCAAAUGCCCCUAUAACAGAGGAAGAAAAAAACUUAUGCAGAGUUGAAUGUACCGGUGUUGUGAAUAAUUGUUUGAGAAGACACGAUGAACUAGAUAAAUUUAGAUUUCCAUACAAAAAAUACCUCAAAUGUACUGAUGAAUUUGUGAAAGACAAUCCAGAGAUCAUAAUUACACAAUCUGACAAAGGCAACUGCACUGUAGUUAUGUACAAGGAGGAAUACAUUGAAGGUGUCACAAAACUUCUUGAAAAUAGGGAAACAUAUAGACCUUUGAACACAGACCCCACAAAGAAGAUACAGGACAAAGUUAACAACAAGUUAAAACAAAUGAAGGCAGCUGGAUUAAUCAAUGAGACCGAAUAUAGAAAGUUGAUCAGACAUAACAGUGUUAUACCUAAAUUAUACUGCCUAAGAAAAAUUCACAAAGAGACAUUGAGUUUAAGACCAAUAGUAAGCAACAUUAAUGCACCCACCUACAACCUGGGAAAACUUAUGCAUGACAUCCUAUCCAAGGUUUUAUCAACAUCACCAUACAAUGUUAAAAAUUCCAUUCAAGUCAAAGAGAUCAUCAGGAAUAUUGUGGUACCAAAAGGUUAUAUACUUAUAUCACUUGAUGUAGUUUCCCUAUUCACAAACAUUUCCAAAGAGCUAGUAAUCAAAGUUACACAUAAGAGAUGGCACUACAUCAAGAAUUUUACUAAUCUAGACAAAUCUACUUUCAUAUCACUGAUAGAGUUAUGUUUUGAAGGUGGAUACUUCAGCUUCAACAAUAAAUUUUACCAACAACUAGUGGGCACUGCAAUGGGAGCCCCUGCAAGUACCAGCUUUGCAAAUUUAGUGAUGAAUGACUUGUUCGACUUCGUGUACGAGAAAUUAGGUUUCCACAUCCUUAUGAUGUUGCUAUAUGUAGAUGACACUUUAAUGUUGAUUCCUGCAGUAAUGAGACAAACUAUUAUUGAUCUGUUCAACUCAUACCAUCCCAAUAUAAAGUUCACUGUAGAGGAUGAAAAUGAAAACAAAAUUACAUUCUUGGAUCUUUCAAUAACAAGAGAGGACGACAAUUUAACAACUAGUUGGUACACAAAAGCUAUAAGUUCCAAUAGAAUAAUCAACUACUACAGCAAUAAUAGUAACACCCAAAAAGUAAACACGGCAAUUAGUCUGAUGUAUAGAGCAUUAUCUUUAAGUGACAGCAAAUUCAGAGAUGAGAGUACACAGAGAGUUUGUGACAUUUUGAGAGAAAACAACUACCCCAAAUAUGUCAUUCGACGAGUUGUGAAUAAGACCAAGGAAAAAUUGGACAACACCCAACAAAGGAACAAAGAACCAACACAAUAUUACAGAUUCCCUUUCAUACCCGGCCUCUCACAGAAGAUUUCAAGAAUUUUCAAGAGGAUUGGUUGCACUGGUGCAUUUUACAACAAGAUCACAACGGGAAAAUACUUCACGAAAUUAAAAGAUUGUGUACCGACAAUGUCACAAUCGUCAGUGGUAUAUAAGAUUCCAUGCUCUAAUUGCGAGAAGACCUACAUCGGACAGACGAAACAACUAUUGAAGGACAGAAUUAGACCACACAGAGCAGACUCCAACAACAUCACACAUAGGGAUAAAACUGCUCUCACUUCACAUACACACAGGGAAGGACACAAGUUUCAUUUCGAGGGAACAACAGUACUCGACCAUGAAAACAACAGUUACCGUAGAAACAUAAGCGAAAUGAUUCACAUAACACUAAACAAAACGGUGAAUUAUAGGGAAGACGUCAGUGGACUCAGUACAAUUUAUAACAGUUUAUUGAUACCUUUGAGAAAAUGAUCAAGAUUCUUCUUUUCCUACCAACUUCAAUGGUCCUAUUUCAAAAAUUAUGCUCUAUGAUUCUAAUAUCUAACCUAGAUUAUUCUGUUUUCCUACAAAUUAUUGACUUGUUUCAAAGAAAAUUUUUAGAAAAUUUCACUGGAGUUCAAAGCCGCGAUUAAUGAAACCUUAUGUGCAGUUUUUAUUAUUUUUGACUCAACUUCUUUGAGAUCAUUUAUCCUUGAAAAAGGUCCGAUUGGCGACCGAAACGUCGGUGUAAUGAUUGAAUAGGGAGUGAUGAAAUAGAUGAUCCAAAUACCU